UACAUCUGGGCGUGGCAAGGGGUAGAGCCUGUUAAUGAUAAUAAUAAUAAUAGUUUCAUAUUCUUGUAAUAAUUUCAUUUAUUUUUAGUUUUGUAAGUUUAUGAUGGAGUCUAUUGUUGCUAAGGGUACACGAGUGGGAGAAUUGAAGAGACAAAUUAUUGAAGAAGCAAAAGAACAAGGAAUUGACUAUACCCUUGAAUUAGACAAAAUGAGAUUACGUGACAAGAAUGGAAUGUCCCCUGGUACAGUAUAUCCUGAUCAUGAGAGGAUUUAUGAUGCCAGGACUGUUGCUACUAGGUUCCAUCUUCCUAGGGGUAAACAUAUUGACGAUGUUAAUGAGGCUUGGAUUGGUGGUACUACAACUACACGUAGGACUGAUGAUACUAAUAGGGAAAUACAUGUAUAUGUGGAACCAUUGAAAGGUCAGUUUAAACUGUCAGAGUUAAGUGGAGUUCCUGCUGAGUAUAUCUAUUAUACAGAGAGAAUAUCAUUUCCAGUUGAGAUAUCAUGUCUUGAUAUUGAGAAUAAGUUGAGAUGGUAUUCCAUCACUUCAGACAGAUACUCAUUUGGACUAUAUGGUGAUGGAUAUGUCAUAUAUUACAAGUACUACUGA